AUGGCACCCAUUUUCUCUAUUCUUUUCUUAAUCUCCACAGCCGUCUUCUCCGCCACCACCGCCCGUGACUAUGGCUUCACCGUCGAACUCAUCCAUCGUGACUCCACGAAAUCCCCUAUGUACAACUCAUCAGAGACUCACUACGACCGCAUUGCUAACGCCCUCCGCCGUUCAAUCAACCGUAACAAGGCUGUACUGACGUCAGACACGGCGGAGGCUCCCAUUUACAACAACGGAGGCGAAUACCUAGUUGAAAUAUCCAUCGGAACGCCGCCCUUUUCGAUUCUUGCUGUUGCUGACACGGGCAGUGACGUUAUUUGGACCCAAUGCGAACCAUGCUCAAAUUGUUACCAACAAAGCGCGCCGAUGUUUGACCCAAGUAAAUCGGCUACUUACAAAAACGUGCCGUGUUCCUCGCCGGUUUGCUCGUAUUCAGGCGAUGGUAGUUCAUGUUCCGAUGAUUCUGAGUGUUUAUACUCGAUUGCUUACGGCGAUAAGUCCCACAGCGAUGGAAACCUUGCCGUUGAUACCGUUACUAUGCAGUCCACCUCUGGCCGUCCCGUGGCGUUUCCUCGUACUGUUAUUGGUUGUGGCCAUGACAAUGCUGGUACGUUCAAUGCCAAUGUUUCUGGCAUUGUUGGUCUCGGCCGUGGUCCGGCUUCACUUGUCACACAGUUGGGUCCCGCUACCGGUGGAAAAUUCUCUUAUUGUUUAAUGCCGAUCGGUAACGCUUCUAUGGAGGACUCCACCAAACUUAACUUUGGUUCCAAUGCCGAUGUGUCUGGCUCUGGCGCCGUCUCAACCCCUAUUUAUACUAGCGAUCAGUACAAAACUUUCUACUCGCUCAAGCUAGAAGCUGUGAGUGUAGGGGACAACAAAUUUGAUUUCCCAGAAGUCUCCUCAAAAUUGGGUGGAGAAGCGAAUAUCAUUAUCGACUCUGGCACGACGCUUACUUACCUCCCAUCCGAUUUAAUGAGCAACUUUGGCUCGGCAAUUGCCGACUCCAUAAACCUUCCGCGUGCGGAAGACCCGAGCCAAUUUUUGGAUUAUUGCUUCUCGACCACCACCGACGACUAUGAAGUCCCAUCGGUUACUAUGCACUUUGAAGGCGCAGAUGUGCCACUCCAACGAGAAAACAUGUUCAUUAGGUUGUCAGAAGACACUAUUUGCUUGGCCUUCGGGGCUUUUUCGGAUGACAAUAUCUUUAUCUAUGGCAACAUUGCACAGAGCAACUUCUUGGUUGGUUAUGAUAUCAAGAACUUGGCCGUUUCUUUCCAGCCGGCGGAUUGCAAUGCCAUGUGA